GGCAAAUACUGCGCUUCUCAGUUUCACAGAUAAUUGGCAUCCAAAAAGUCGGGGAAAUGGAAAGUGAACAAGACGCGAGGUUUGAUUCGGUAUGGAUGUGGAGGACUUUCAAAACGAUCCAUCAUGGCCAUUUCUGCGGCAGUCCCAAGAGCAGCUCCUAGCAGCAACUACGAAGAAAUUCGAUUCCAAGAAAAAUAUCUGGAUUGCCGAUCCUGAAGAGGGAUUUAUAGCAGCCGAAAUCAAGUCGUCCAAGGGUGACAACCUUACUGUUGUUACUAGUAAGGGAAAUGAGAAAACCAUUAAAAAAGACGAGGCGCAGCAGAUGAAUCCGCCGAAGUUCGAAAAAACCGAGGACAUGGCAAAUUUGACGUUUCUCAACGAUGCUUCAGUCUUACAUAAUCUUCGCCAAAGAUACUUUUCUAUGAUGAUUUAUACCUACUCCGGAUUGUUUUGCGUCGUGAUUAAUCCGUACAAAAGGUUACCGAUUUAUUCGGAGGCUGUGUGCCAGAUGUACCAGGGAAGACGCCGCAAUGAAAUGCCACCACAUCUUUUUGCUGUCUCAGACGAAGCCUAUAGGAAUAUGCAGAAUGAUCACGAGAAUCAGUCGAUGUUGAUCACUGGAGAAUCGGGUGCAGGAAAGACAGAGAACACGAAGAAAGUCAUUGCGUAUCUAGCGCUUGUUGGAGCGUCGCAAACCAACAAGAAGGACGCAAAAGACAAGAAGAAUGUAUCCCUGGAAGAUCAAAUUGUGCAAACAAAUCCAGUGCUUGAAGCCUUUGGUAAUGCAAAAACCGUGCGUAAUAACAACUCGUCUCGUUUUGGAAAAUUCAUUCGAGUACAUUUCAACAGAGCUGGAAAGCUGGCCGGAGGAGACAUCGAACACUAUCUAUUGGAAAAGUCCAGAGUGAUCAAGCAGGCUCCAGGAGAACGUUGUUACCAUAUAUUUUACCAGUUGUAUUCGGGAGCUAUCGAAGGGCUGAAAGAAAAAUUGAUGCUCACCCGUCCCAUCAAAGAUUAUCAUUUUGUGGCUCAAGCUGAAGUCACAAUUGAUGGUGUAAAUGACAAGGAAGAGAUGCUGCUCACGGAUGAAGCUUUCGACAUCAUGAAGUUCACACAAAAAGAAAAAGAUCAGCUCUUCGCCAUCACCGCUGGACUCAUGCACAUGGGUGAACUGAAAUUCAAGCAGAGACCAAGAGAAGAGCAAGCUGAACUAGAAGAUGGCAAAGAGGGUGAACUUGCUUGUAAAUUGUUCAAUGUGGACUACGAUAAAUUUGUCGGUUCACUGCUGAAACCGAGAGUGAAAGUCGGCACGGAAUGGGUCAAUAAGGGACAGAAUUUGGAGCAGGUGAACUGGGCAGUUGGCGCUUUGGCCAAAGCACUUUACGCUCGAAUGUUCGCAUGGCUCAUCAAGAGAUGCAACAAAACCCUAGAUGCACAGGACCUAGCGAGAGAGUUCUUUAUUGGGGUGUUGGACAUUGCUGGAUUUGAAAUUUUCGAUCACAACUCGUUCGAACAACUUUGGAUCAACUUCGUCAACGAGAAACUACAGCAAUUUUUCAAUCACCAUAUGUUCGUACUCGAACAGGAAGAGUACUCUCGUGAAGGAAUCCAAUGGGAAUUCAUCGAUUUUGGACUUGAUCUACAAGCUUGUAUCGAGCUACUUGAGAAGCCUUUGGGUGUGAUUUCGAUGUUGGAUGAGGAGUGUAUAGUACCAAAAGCGACGGAUUUGACACUCGCAUCAAAAUUGAACGAUCAGCACCUUGGCAAACAUCCAAACUUCCAAAAGCCGCGACCACCAAAAGGAAAACAGUCCGAAGCUCACUUGGCCAUCGUCCAUUAUGCAGGCACUGUACGCUACAAUGUGAAGGGAUGGUUAGAAAAGAACAAGGACCCUCUAAACGACACAGCUGUCAGUGUACUCAAAACAAAUAAAGGCAACGAACUAAUGUUGGAGCUUUGGGCCGAUUACAACACUCAGGAGGAAGUUGCCUCAGCAGCCAAAGAAGGCAAAAAGGCUCCUGGAAAGAAAAAGGGCAAGUCCGCCUCAUUCAUGACAGUUUCAAUGAUGUACCGUGAAUCGCUGAACAAUCUGAUGCACAUGCUAAACCAGACACAUCCACAUUUCAUUAGAUGUAUCAUCCCAAAUGAGCAAAAGAAGAGCGGCCUGAUUGAAGCCAACUUGGUGCUCAACCAAUUGACAUGCAAUGGUGUACUGGAAGGUAUUCGUAUUUGCCGCAAAGGUUUCCCCAACCGUAUGCCUUACGAUGAUUUCAAGCAGAGAUACGCUAUUCUCGCUGCUGAAGCUGUCAAGAGUGCCAAGACUGAUAAAGAAGCCGGAGAAAAAAUUGCUGAUGCUCUCAUCAACAGCAAUUCUCUCAAAGUUGAAGAAUUCCAGUGUGGUCUCACCAAGGUAUUCUUCAAGUCUGGUGUGCUUGCCCAUUUGGAAGAGCUGCGCGAUGAAGCUCUUGCGAUCAUUAUCACCAAAUUCCAAUGCGCUUGCAGACACUAUCUGGCUCUGGCUGAUGUAGCUCGAAGAAAGGAACAGAGAGCUGGCCUUCUCGUAAUUCAACGCAAUGUUCGUGCAUGGUGUACGCUUCGAACCUGGCAAUGGUUCAAACUUUAUGGCCAAGUUAAACCACUCAUCAAAGGCAAUAAGAAAGAUGAAGAAAUGGAGGCGUUGGCUCAGAAAUUGAAGGAGCUUGAAGAAACAAAUCAGUUGGAGGAACGUAGACGGAAAGAGUUGGAGGCAGAGAAUGCCAGGCUUCAGGCUGAAAAACAAGAAAUCCUGAUCCAACUCGAACAAGAACGUGAUGGAAACGCUGAGAUUGAAGAGAGAAGUGCCAAGCUAUUGGCCCAGAAAGCUGACAUAGAGAAACAGAGCACAGACCUCGCUGAUCAACUGGCUGACCAAGAAGACCGCAAUGCUGCUCUAACAAAAGCUAAAAAGAAGGUUGAACAAGACAAUGAUGCGCUAAAGAAGACAGUAUCUGAACUGGAACUAACCAUCAAAAAACAAGAGCAAGAGAAACAGAGCAAAGAUCACCAGAUUCGUAGCUUGCAAGAUGAAAUCGCUUCCCAAGACGAAGCCAUUUCCAAGAUCAACAAAGAAAGGAAGAACCAAGAAGAGGUCAAUCGCAAACUUCUAGACGACAUUCAAGCUCAGGAAGACAAAAUCAACCACAUCAAUAAAGUCAAAACGAAACUCGAAUCCACACUUGACGAAGUGGAAGACGCACUUGAGCGAGAAAAGCGCGGUCGACAAGAUGCCGAGAAAUUGAAGCGGAAAGUCGAAGGAGAGCUCAAGAUUGCCCAGGAGACAAUCGAAGAGAUAACCCGACAGAAACACGACCAAGAGAAUCUCAUUAAGAAGAAAGAAGCUGAGAUUCAUUCGCUUACUGGACGUCUUGAAGAUGAACAGUCACUUGUGGCUAAACUCCAAAGGCAAAUCAAAGAACUCCAAGCCCGCGUACAAGAACUUGAAGAAGAAUUGGAAGCUGAACGACAGAGCAGAGCCAAGGCUGAAAAAUCAAGAAAUGAGAUGCAGCUAGAACUGGAGGAGCUUGGCGAUCGCCUGGAUGAAGCUGGUGGCGCUACACAAGCUCAGAUGGAGUUGAACAAGAAGAGGGAAGCUGAGCUGGCCAAUCUUCGUCGUGACCUGGAAGAAGCAGCGAUCAACAACGAGUCAGCAAUGGCUGCACUUCGUAAGAAGCAUACUGAAGGCAUCGCAGAAAUCACCGAUCAACUCGAUACUAUGCAAAAAAUGAGGGCUAAGCUUGAAAAGGAGAAAGCACAACAACAGCGUGAAAUUGAAGAGCUCCAUUCGGCCAUUGAUUCUGAGUCUAAGCAAAGACAGAAUGUGGAGCGACUUGCGAAACAGCUCGAAACUCAACUGACGGACAUGACGCUGAAGAGUGACGAACAAGCCAGAAUUAUACAAGAACUCACUAUGUACAGAAGCAAACUUCAAGGAGAGAAUAGCGAAUUGAAUAAGCAACUGGAGGAUGCGGAAUCGCAGAUGGCAGCUAUCAACCGCAUAAAACAACAACUCAGCGCUCAAGCAGAGGAAGGACGUCGUCAAUUAGAACAAGAAGCUAGAGAGAGGCAACAGAUACAAAUGCAGCUUUCCAACUACCAGCUGGAAUGCGAGCAACUUCGUGAAGCUUUGGAAGAAGAGCAAGAUACAAAGACUGAAUUGCAGCGGCUUAUCAGCAAAGCAAAUGCUGAAGCACAGCAAUGGCGUGCAAGGUUUGAAGGCGAAGGUAUGAACAGAGCAGAUGAGUUAGAGGAAGCAAAGAGGAAGCUGUCUAAUAAGAUACAUGAAAUGCAAGAACAAAUGGAAGCUGCUAACCAAAAGAUUGUCUCUUUGGAGAAGACGAGGCAGAGAUUGGGACGCGAACUAGAAGACGCUCAAGUCGACGCUGAUAGGGCAAAUGCCAUUGCAAAUUCGUUAGAAAAGAAGCAGAAAGGCUUUGACAAGGUUGUCGAUGAAUGGAGACGCAAAUGCGAAGCACUCGUCCAAGACGUCGAGGCCAGCCAACGCGACACUCGAGCCGCAGCCACGGAAUCCAUGAAACUGCGCAGUCAACUCGAAGAGGCGGAUGAGCAGAUGGAAGGACUUCGCCGUGAGAAUAAGGCCUUGGCCCAGGAACUGAAAGAUAUCACGGAUCAACUUGGUGAGGGUGGCAAGAGUGUUCAUGACCUACAAAAGAUCCGAAGACGUUUGGAAUUGGAGAAGGAAGAGCUUCAGCAAGCCCUUGACGAAUCCGAAGCAGCAUUGGAAGCAGAGGAAUCUAAGGUAUUGAGAGCGCAAGUAGAAGUAUCUCAGAUACGUUCCGAAAUCGAGAAACGCCUGCAAGAAAAAGAAGAAGAAUUUGAAAGUACUCGCAAAAAUCACCAAAGAGCACUAGAAAGCAUGCAAGCAUCCUUGGAAAGUGAAUCCCGUGGACGUGCAGAACUGCUACGGUUAAAAAAGAAACUGGAAAGCGAUAUCAAUGAAUUGGAAGUUGCAUUAGAUCAUGCUAACAAAGCCAGCGUAGACGCUCAAAGAAACAUGAAGAAAUACCAGGACUCAAGUCGAGAUCUGCAGCUACAACUAGAAGAGGAACAACGACUUCGUGAGGAAGCCAAUGAACAAACGCUAAUGGCAGAACGAAGAGCUCAAAUGGCACUGCAAGAAAAAGAAGAUUUGUCGAAUGCCUUGGAGCAGGCUGAACGGGCUCGCCGACAAGCUGAAUUCCAAGCUGCUGAGAGUAAGGACAUCGCUGCCACGUUGACAACUACGAAUACAGCUCUGACAGCCAAUAAGAGGAAACUCGAGUUGGAGAUCCAGCAACUACAAACCGACAUGGAAGAAGCUCUGAAUGAGCUGAAGAGUAGCGACGAUCGAGCGAGAAAGGGAUCCAUAGAGAUAGCGAAAUUGAACGAAGAGCUGAAAGCUGCGCAAGAACAUGCACAAGGUCUGGACAGGGCCAGGAAGGGAAUGGAAGCUCAGAUAAAGGAGAUGCAAGCCCGUCUGGAGGAAUCAGAAAGUCAAUCGUCUAAAGGAGGAAAACGGACAAUAGCUAAGCUAGAUGCUAAGUGUCGCGAACUUGAGACCGAGCUGGAAUCUGAAAAUCGUCGACACGCAGAAGUUACCAAAAAUCUCCGAAACAAGGAUCGACGAUGCAGAGAGCUUCAAUUCCAGGUGGAUGAAGACAAGAAAUCCUCCGAACGAAUGUAUGAUUUAGUGGAAAAAUUGCAACAAAAAAUAAAAACCUACAAAAGACAAGUGGAAGAUGCCGAAGGCCUAGCUGCCCAGAAUCUGGCAAAAUAUCGACAAUUGCAACAUGCCCUGGAAGAUGCUGAAGAACGAGCCGAUGCUGCUGAAAAUGCUUUGCAAAAGAUGCGACUGAAGAACAGGAGCGGAUCAUAUAGAUCAUUAGCACAUUCUGCAUCUUCGAAUGCAGUCAAUAAUCGAAGUGGAUCACGAAGUCGAGUGCUUGAAGAUGGCGUUGAAGAGUAGACCUGAUACUCGUCUCAUAUAUUGAUACCAAAAUUGUUCACUUGCUAAUCACUUGAUGUUUAACGUUCUCCUCCCUUCCCUCCCCUAAAGCUGCAAAUUUUCGAAACCAAAGUGUCAGAUUCUCGCAGUGUUUCGUUACCGUUGCCUUGCGCUGCGCUGAGCUUUCACCCAUUCAUUCUCAAUGUGUGUAGGUGCUUCCUGCAUAAUUCGACUAACAACAACGUAAAAUGAGUAAAAAAUAUUCCUCGUGGAUGCUUUCUUACGA